AUGACGGGCAAACGGCCAUACGACACAAAUGGGGAGGGCAGCGAUCUGAAGAGACAACGCGCAGAGGAUGGAUCACCACGACCGGCUGCACAACAUGACCUGGAGAGGAAGAAGCAGGAAACGGCGGCGAGGAUGGCCGCCAUAAAGGCCAAGAUGGCUGCCAGUAAGGCGAGCGCUGGAGGAGUAACACCGCCACCUGCACCCCCAGCACCACCUCCUGCACAAGCGUCACAGAGUUCAGCUUCGGCAAAUGGCGACGAUGCAGCAGCGAAAAGGGCAGAGGCUCAGCGCAAGAUUGCAGAGAUCAAGGCCCGCAUGGCAGCGAAGAACGGGACUGGCGCAUCACCUGCGAACGGAGCUGCUGCACCACCGCCGCCACCUACUAGACAGGAGCCGGACUGGAGGGCGGAGGCAAGAGCGAGGGCUGCUGAGAUAGCAAAGCAGAACAGCCAACAGAAAUCUGCCCUUCCCACUCCACCGCCGAGAGUCGAUGGACGAGGCGCGAGAGGUGGCCUGGGCAUUGGUCUGCACCCGUCGUUGAUGGGAGAUGCGGGCAGGGACAAGAGCCAGGCAGGCCAGCAGGGACCGAAGUUCAGCACAACUAAGGGAAACCAGCAGCCGGAGAAACCCAAGAUCAACCCAUACCUCGCAGCCGACGACCAGAUACCACGAGAUGAUCAGGACUCGGCCUUUGCUCCCUCCGCGCGUCGAUAUGCUGAGAGGAAGAGCAAGCAGCUGGUGUUCGCUGAGAAGGGCAAGUACAUGGCUCAGGCGAAUGCAUUGCGGCAGCAGGCGAAGCUGGAAGAGAUGAAGCGACGCAUAGCUGCUGAGAGCAAGAAGCAGGAGAUUGAAGAGGCAUCAGACAAAUCGUUCUUAGUACCGGCACCGCCCGAUGUGGAGUGGUGGGACGAGGGACUGUUACCGGAAGGGCAGAGUACGUACGAUGAUUGGGACAAGGAGGGCCGCAAUAAAAUUGAGACCACUGAUUCCAUCAUCACGAACCUCGUCCAACGACCAGUAUUGCUACAAGCGCCACAAGAUCGAUUCGUCCCAGCACCCAAGCCGCUCAUGCUUACAGAGAAAGAGCAGAAGAAGCUGCGAAGACAACGCCGUAUGGCAGACAUGAAGGAAGAACAGGCGAAGAUCCGUCUGGGACUGAUCGAGCCUCCUCCGCCCAAGGUGAAGAAGUCGAACAUGAUGCGCGUGCUUGGUGAACAAGCCGUGAAAGAUCCUACUGCCGUCGAGGCACGUGUGAACCGCGAAAUCGCACAGCGUGCCUCUGAUCACGAUAAAGCCAACGCCGAGAGAGCUUUGACAGCCGAGCAAAGAGCAGAGAAGCUGAAGAAGCAACAGGAAGGAGAUGCUGCCAAGGGUGUCAAGGUUGCAGUCUUCCGUGUUGACGAUCUCAGCUCAGGCAAGCAUAGAUACCAAGUUGAUGUCAACGCGAAGCAGGAUGCGCUUACUGGUAUCGUGAUCCUCAAUCCGACCAUGAACCUCAUCAUCGUCGAAGGUGGAUCGCACAGUAUCAAGCACUUCAAGAAACUGCUUCUGAACAGGAUAAAGUGGACUGAGAACACGAUGCCGGUUGGAGACUCGAAUCCUACGACAUUCACUGGCACAACAGAUGGCAGCAACGCGACCACUACCUCCAGCAGUGUAUACAGCACGUCGGGUAGCAGGGGUACUGGAAGCAAAGCUGCUGAAUGGUGCGCUCCUCUCGACGAGAACGGCAACCUGAAAGACCUUAGCGAGAACAGAUGCGUAUUGGUCUGGGAAGGAGAUGAGCCCACAAGACACUUCAAGAAAUGGGGAAGCCGAGCCUGCGAGACUGACGGUGAGGCGAGGGACGUAUUGACAAAGACAAAGAUGGAGAAUAUGUGGACGCUGGCAAGAAGCAAGUAA